AUGACAUAGACAUUUUCUUGCAGGUUUUGUAAAUUGUAUUAUCUAAAUUAAUUUUGUAGUUUUGCCUACAUUUUGGAUUUUUACAGAUGAAUUAACUAUGUCUACUUCAGUGAAAUCCAUAAAAGAUAAGCCUCAUGCAGCGUCACGUAUCAUGCCCAGACAAACGGUUGCGUCAGCCGCGCGAGCAGCUCGCAAUGCUACCAAUAGAAAUCUUGCUCUGCCGAAUUCCCAACGGCUCUCUCCAGCCAGGGCCCCGCCAUCUCCCGCUGCGUCUAAGAUAAAAACCGAUAUUCAACGCAGUGGUAAAUCAGAAACAAAAACCGAAAUUCAGGUAAAUAAAGCCCGUGAACCAGAAGCUGUAGCGGAAUCGGACAUUUUUUUUCUGCAUAAUAAGGAACCAGUUUCAGAAGUAGUAGAAGGACAGAUUGAAGAAGUUGCAUUGCAAGAUAAUAUCAAAGAAAUUACAACAGAAGACGUUCAAAAUAACCUUGACAGAAGUGAUAUUGAUAUCCUGAGAAGCAUUGAUGAAAAUUACAACAGCUCCAUUACGUUAGAUCCUGAAAAGCUCCUGCUUACAAGUGAAAGCGAAGAAAUAUCGCGUCCUCAAACGCCUGUACCAAGUCUUCCUCAAACGCCAUAUACCGUAUCGAGCCGUCCGCAAACUCCUCGUCUACCAAGCCGACCAACCACGCCCGCUCCGUCAGCACAACGGAACAACACUCCAUACAGCCGCCCCAAUACCCCACAAAAGGCUACACCAAUGCGACCGAAAACACCAUCAAAGCUUGCACCAGCCCGACCGACGACUCCGAUAGCGUACAGUCUGUCGAAAUUACCCGCCAAAGAGGAUGAUAUCAAGGCUACAUAUGCUGCGAAACAAAAGCAAUUUCAUCGCAUGAAGAAAGAACUGGAUUUAAAACAACAAGCCCUAUUAGAACUGUUUGACAUCUUGCGAAGUUUACGUGAGCGUAUGAUAAAUGAGGGUAUAUCUGCUGGUGGAGAAGGAGUGUCUAAAUUGGUAUUGUUCAAUGUCGCUGAUUGGACGGCUGAUGAAAUAACCCAGCUCUGUCGAAGUGCUGCUAAUCCUUCAAUUACUGAUGGCGCCGUUGAACUGUUCAAUACAAGUGUUUCGAUAGAUGAAGAAACGUUAGCCGAUGUUGAAAGUAAAGCUGUCAAUAUACCAGCUUGUUUUGCGGAUUUGUGUUUGAAAGCAUUUACGGCGCGACAGGAAUUGAUUGACUGGAUGAAAGAAUACUUAGAGAAAGAGCAAGAAGUUGACAACAAUGCUUUGGACAGAAUUGCUCUAUACAAUAAUCAGGGGCUACAAAUGUGCGAAGCACUUCGUGAUUUAAAAUCUCGUGCUGACGAAGCAGUGAACACCAUCACAGUACUUUCAAAACGUGCAUGUCGAGAAAGGGCUACUCUAUUAUCUGUUGGUGAAUCUUUAGUAAGAGAAGUAGCGCGCCUACGACAGGAUUUGGAAGAACGAACCGCAUCCAGAAGUGACGAGACACGUAAUGACACCGAAACGGCAAAAAUUUUGGAGGAAACACGUAAAGAACUAGAGGAUGAGCGGGCUGCGAAAGGAUUGAUAAAAGAGAAGCUCGCUACGACUGAAUCCCAAUUGCGACAGACACGUUUGAGAGUUUCUAAAAUGGAUCGGCAGUUGCGUGAAGCUGAAGCAAGCAUUGCCAGCCUUACUGGCACCGUUAAAAGUCUAGAAGAUCAGAGCCGCCAACGAGAAGUACAACUCGAGGCAAGAGCAAGAAAGUUAAAGGAAUCACUAAAGACAGGUGAAGUGGCGAGCAAUCAUUUGGCACAGCAACGAGACGCUCUUCAGGCCGAGGUCGCUGAUUUAACAGAGCAAAUCAAGAACAUGACAUCUCAGCAUAAAUCAGCUAUACAAGAUCUUAAUAAUAAAUUAAAAGAUAUAAAUCUCACAUUAGAAGCGGAGCGGGAAUCUUCUCAAAGAGAAGCAGAACUUAACAGCGAGCUUAGAAACUCACUAGCAGAAAGUCAAAAUACCAUAGAAGAACUUAAAGCAAAAAUAACUGAACUUGAAAAUAGUAGACCAAAUCCUGAUUUUCCAACGGAGAGAGAAAUGGAUUUGUGGGCGGAACUACAGGCGACCAAAGACACGUUACGCAUUGCUGAAGAAGAAGUAACAGCAUCUAAAAAAGAAAAAGUUCGCUUCCUGGAAACGUUUACUAAAAUGAAUGAACCGGAGAACAAAAUGGGUCUUCAACAGAAACUGGCUGCUGAAUUACUGGGAAAAGAAGAGAUAAUUAGCAAAAUGCAAACACAGCUUCGAGAUCUAACCAAAAAUAUUAAACUUAAUGAACAAAAAGUAAUACAAUACGAACAAUACGUACGAGAUUUGCAAGCUCACAAUCGUGCCAUUGCGAACUGUCAAGAGACACCCAAUGGUAUCAGUUAUCAAGAUUUACAACAAGAGAUAAUGAGUUUGAAGAUGGGUCUUCUUGACGCAGUUCACCGCAAUGAGGAAUUAUCAGAAAUGUUGGCACAAAAAGAGCAGCAACUCGAACAACAGGACAAAACAUCUCGUGCACAGGCAAGAGUCAUCAAGGUAUCACAGAUCCGAGAAGAAUUAAUCAACAUGCUGAAGAACAAGGAAACGGAGCAGAGUCGUGAGCUUGCCGCUUUACAACAAGAUUUGGAGCAUCGAAUGAAAAUUGUAGACGAUGUGAACAAGCAGAUCGCAGCCAAGGCUGACGAGAUUCAAGAGCUGUUCUCGACUCUAGAAACAAAACAGCAACAGAUCCAUCGGCUGGAGAAGAUCGUGCUGGCUCUUGAAGAACAGCAGCGGCGGGCUCAGGCGCAGCGGACCCGGCACGAGGAAAAGAUUGCUGCGCUGGAGCAUGAGCUUGCCGCAGGGGGCAAUAGGAAAGACAAGAGGUUCGUCUUCUUUUGAAAUGAGAUGAAAAAGUUUUUCAAAAAUAAACAAUCCUUGAAAAUUUGUGUUACUGUCUUUGUA